CCCCUCGUGGUCCGGUCCUCAUUCACAAUCGAUGUAAUCAGAAUAGUCGAGCAAUUUCCGGCUCGCUCUCCUUCCACACCAUCAUCGCCGCAUCGCUGGUAGCGUGCACCCAUGCCAUCGUGGAUCUGAUCGCUCCUACUGCACUUCAUUCGAUCGUGCGGGUUCCACGUUAAUCAUCAACCUCUUCCGCUCUCCACUCGCGUACCAUCGCUGCAUCAUUGACUUGCUCCACAUGUCCACACUCCUUUCUCCUCCAACGGCACAGGCGAGCGCAAUCAACAAUGGCAGCCACCUGACAUCGCCUGCCUACACCACUGUCAGCCCGUCUUUGAAUCCUAGCGACCCCAGUGCCUCGCGUGUAGAAAAGGCAUCAUCGGCCAUUGAGACGGAGCACAGUGCGCAGGUUGAGCAGCAGGAACAGCGCCAGGCCGGUCAGCCAGAAGGGCGCAAGCUAGAUGCUCCCCAAUGGCUCUUCAGGCCGGCAGACAUGGAGCAUACACCCAGCGCAAAGGCUGGUAUGAGUCAAGAGACGGAAAGGUACCUCCGGGCAAAGGGCGUAGGAUUGAUCUUCAGGACGGGCGAAGGGUUGCGCGUCGGCAUGAAUGUCAUGGCCACAGCCGCCAUCUUCUUUCACCGCUUCUUCAUGCGCAAGACCAUCUUGGCACCUGGCGAUCACAGGCGGAAUCACGUCAACUCUGGCUCGAUGGACACGCGUGCGCCAGAGAGCUUCAGCGUGCAUGAGGUCGCCCCAGCAGCGUUGUGGCUCGCCUGCAAGGUGGAGGAAUCACAUCGGAGGACGGACAAGCUGGUGACUGUCACUAUGGCUGUGAAUGACAAGACCAAAGAGGGCAUCAGGGCUGCCGAGAGAGGCAACUACACCGUCGACGUCGAGGGCAGGGAAUACGCCGCAUGGAGGGAAAGUGUAUGCUAUUGCGAAGCGGCAGUCCUGGAAGCUCUUUGUUUCGAUCUCAUCAUCGACGCCCCUCAUCAACACCUGAUCCAGGGCUGCAAAGCACUCGGCGUGGACAGAGACCUGACACUGCUUAGCGUGGCACUCAUGAACAAUUGCCUUUACAAUGCGGUCUGCACUUUCUGGGACGCCCCCAUUCUUGCUGCUUGCGUGUUUUCCGAGGCGUGCGCAGCAGUGGGGCUCCUCGCUGAAGAGUUCCAGCUUCAAAGAGGUUUCCGAACGCCAGGCAUCGACGAACCUAGUCAGGGAUGGUUGGACGCAUUCGACGUCGACGAGAGCGAGCUGCAAGAGGCACUUCCAUCCGUCUCCUCAUAUCUCGCUUUCUACGCGCAACAACAGAGGGAGCUGCAAGCUCAAGCUCAGGCGCACGCAGCGUUAGCAUCAGGAGGCUCUCAGCCCCACUCCGAGCCUCCCGACAGCACUGUGCAACAAGCGGUUGAGCGCGUGUCUGGCCAAGGAACGCCUAUUCCACCCAUCACGCCCUUGGCUACCCGUACGCCCAUGGAAUCGGCCAGCAACACGCCGGGUCAUCCCUCUGGAAGCAUGCAUAGUGCGCUUCGACAAAGCACUCUACCAAGAGAGACGACGACGACAACGCCGUCCAACGUGCAAGCACGCUUUGAAAUGACGGGCAACGAAGGAUUUGAAGGCUCCAACACUUCGUUUCAUGAAGGCAGGGAGGAGAGGAAGAGCGCGCUGAACACCAGACCUCCUUCAAGGCAUGGCCUUGGGAGACAUUUGGCUCCAUUUGGCGCUCCCAAAGAAGUGGCCUCAGCUGGCCAAUCGUCGGCGCCAACGCAGCAUACAUCGCCCGCUGCAGGUCUUGCUCGCGCGGACAAAGCUCCUCUGUCACCCACGCUCAAACAGCCGCGCCCCGCAUCUGAAAGUCCAGAGGAAGGUGAGGCGGACUAGAGCGGGAGGGUUGGAUGGAUGCUGAUCUCAACUUCCAAGGUCGUCUUGCACCUUCUGCGGCGCAAAAUCCGCGACCCCUUUUUCAAGGCGCUUGAUCACCCGCUGUAUCAUCUCUCAACUGUUUCGAAAUGUACACUACCUCAUCGCAAAAUCACAUCUUCACUCUUUCGAU